AUGGCGAGAGGCAGUGUUUUCCGAUUUGGAAGACGAUUACGAUCAAAACUCUCAAAUUCUCUCAAACCAGAAACUAAUAGUAAUAAUAAUAAUAACCUAAUUACAACUCUUCCACGCUACCUCCCCGCAACGCCGCUGUCAUUUCAACAUCACAACCGCCACAACAAUGCAUUCUCUUCCUCUUCCACCACCGGAGGACAAAAGAGGAGUAUGUUUAUACAAACGCAAUCCACUUCAAAUCCAGAAUCUCUCAUGUUUCAUCCCAGUAAGCCUGUUAUGGAUAUCGGAAGCGCCGAUUUCCCUAACGCGCGUUCCGCAAUGAAUUCUCCUCUCGCUAAAUCACUCUUUGCUAUUCAAGAAAUUACUCGUGUUUUCUUUGGAUCCGAUUUUGUUACCGUUAUCAAAUCGGAAGAUGCUUCCUGGGAAUUUCUUAAGCCUGAAAUCUUUGCUGCGAUUAUGAAUUUCUACUCUUCCGGUGAACCUCUCUUUCUAGAUUCUCACAUGUGUGAAACCACAGUGUCCAAAAUGAUGAUCUAUUUUAUUUUUUAUCUUUGUUCGUCCAAUUCCUUCGACAUCGACAUCAGAGGAUAA